AUGCGAGGUUACUGCGCUGGGACGUUCCCAGGCCCUGCUGACCUACCAGCCUACCACCAGGACAAUUACCGCAAUGGGGUCACCAAUGGAGAUUGGUACGGGCAGACGCAGGACGGACCGUACCCACCAAUCUCUAGGUACAUGGGACCGUCUGGAUUUAACAUGCCCAGCACUGGUUGCCUGGGAUAUAUCGGGGAGGUGGCCAAAUCUACCCUCUUCCUCCAGAACACGUCCAGGCGGAAGAGGAGGGUGCUGUUCUCUCAGGCUCAGGUUUACGAGCUGGAGAAAAGGUUUGAGCUCCAGAAAUACCUGACUGCUCCUGAGCGGGAGCAUCUGGCCAAGGUCACCCACCUGACCCCCAACCAGGUGAAGAUCUGGUUCCAGAACCACCGCUACAAGAUGAAGAGGCAAGCCAAGCAGCGGGACCUGGAGCAGCCGCGUAGCCCAAUCUCAGCGCUCCACAAGACCUGCGCCAGCAGCCCCGUCACCUCCCACGCUGACUAUGGCUUUGCAGAUCCUGAGCUGGGGAAUAAAUCCCCUCCGGAGGCCCAUUACAACCUCCCCGGACUUGGGCAAGGUGGUCUCAGAGGCCAAGGCCUGGCCGUGAGCCCCAACACUACUGUAGACUGUCAGCCCAAGGCCAGCAACAGAAGCCUCAUGUUUAGCAAGUCGUGGUAG